GCCCAAAGAAAUAUCAGCGACGCACAAAAGCUAUCGCCCCUUUAAUAAAAACAGUUGUGCUAUCUCAACUUCAUGUGUUUUGGGAUUUUUAGCUAGCUCGCAGUUUUUAAAGAGAAUAGAUGUCUGAAGAGGUUUCUAAAAGGGUAGAAGAAGAGGAGGCUGACACACCAGGUCUCGAGGGUCAGUCAGAUGAUAGCAGCGACGAGGGUGACGCUUCAGGAGAUACUGAGAUGGAUUUCUUACGCAGUCUCUUCUCACGAACACUUGGCCUGAGUCCUGGAGAGAAAGUCUUGGAUGAGUUGACUCUGGACUCAGUUGCUCGCUACAUCCUGAGUGGCAAAUGUAAGAACAUUAUCUGUAUGGUUGGAGCUGGGAUAUCUACAUCUGCGGGAAUCCCAGAUUUCCGCUCUCCUGGCACAGGUUUAUAUGCCAAUCUGCAGAAAUACAACCUGCCUUACCCAGAGGCCAUCUUUCAGAUAGACUAUUUCAAGAAGCAUCCGGAGCCCUUCUUUGCUCUUGCCAGAGAGCUCUACCCAGGACAGUUUAAGCCCACAGUGUGUCACUAUUUCAUGAAGAUGCUGAAAGACAAAGGACUACUGAGGCGCUGUUAUUCUCAAAAUAUUGAUACUCUAGAAAGAGUUGCAGGACUGGAAGGAGAGGACCUGAUUGAAGCUCAUGGUACAUUUCACACAUCUCACUGUGUGAGCUUCCUCUGUCGUAAAGAGUACACCAUGGACUGGAUGAAAAAUCAAAUCUUCUCUGAAGAGAUUCCCAAGUGUGAAUCUUGUGGAAGCCUGAUAAAACCCGAUAUUGUGUUUUUUGGGGAAAGUCUGCCUUCCCAAUUUUUCACUUCAAUGAAAAUGGACUUUCCUCAAUGUGACCUUCUUAUCAUAAUGGGAACAUCUUUGCAGGUUCAGCCAUUUGCAUCUCUAGUCAGCAGAGUUUCAAACAGCUGUCCAAGAUUGCUGAUCAAUAUGGAGAAAACUGGACAGUCUGAAUUUGGCAUGGGUUUAUUCAGUUUUGGAGGAGGAAUGGAUUUUGAUUCAGAUAAAGCCUACAGAGAUGUGGCUCAUCUGAGCACCUGUGACGAUGGCUGCAUGGCUCUCGCUGAACUGCUGGGCUGGAAAAAAGAGCUGGAAGAGCUGGUGAAGCGUGAACAUGCUUUGAUUGACAGCAAAGAUGCCAAAAAGACUGGCAAAGAAGCCAGUCAGAGCUCCAAAGGCGCUGUUGCAGAGGCUGAGAAGACUGACAAAACAGAAUAAUCAUUCAGAGCCUGCAGAGGGUGAACAUGACACCUAAAGUAGUUUCACUACACUCUGGCCUGUUCCAGUUUACUGUCGACCUCUGUUCCUCUGAGCUCUUGUGUCUCUCACCUGCCUAUAAUAACAGUAUAGAGACGUAGAAAUAGUGCAGAAACCUCACAGGGGACAGGAACAGUACGAGCGAAAGACAGCAAACACUGUAGUUAAAGUGUGGUGUUCUGCUUGAGCGACGGCUCUUAUGAAAUAACACAAUUAUAUAUAAAAAAUAAUGCUUUAAAUGUAAUGUUUCAAAGAUUAUAUGCAUUACAUUUAAGUGUAUCACAUAAGGUAUCAUGCUUAAAACAAAUCUGUCUGAAAGAAAAACAUUUGGAAUGACAUACAAGCAAACAUGGCUGUUUGCAUUUUCUUUUUUUAUGACACUGUGUGUGACAAGCAACUAAAAUACUACAUUCUCAUUACUUUAAUUUCUUUGUAAAUUGAGAAACUUUUAAACACUUGAGUAAAUUGAAUACAAUUAAAUGACUAGGAAAUGAUAUUUUAAAAAAUGUUACAUUUUUAAACUUUCCAGAAUUGUACGAAGGCUAUAAAACAAAGUAACGUAAAUAUUUUACAAUUAAAAUUCUAAAGUAAU